UUUUCCCUCUUUCUGAUCAGUUGGCGGUAAAAAAAAACUCAACCGUCUCUAAAGAAACAGAAAAUGGGUGUUCAUGGUCUGUGGGAAUUACUCGCUCCUGUUGGUCGUCGGGUCUCUGUUGAAACUUUAUCAGGGAAAAGACUUGCAAUUGAUGCAAGUAUAUGGAUGGUUCAAUUUAUGAAAGCAAUGAGAGAUGAGAAAGGUGAAAUGGUUUGGAACGCUCACAUUUUAGGGUUUUUUCGUCGAAUUUGUAAGCUAUUAUUUCUUCGUAUCAAACCUGUAUUUGUCUUUGAUGGUGGUACUCCCGCUCUUAAGCUUCGUACUGUUACUGCCCGUCGACGUCAGCGCGAGAAUGCAAAAGCUAAAAUUCGUAAAACUGCUGAGAAGUUGCUACUCAAUCAUCUUAAGACAAUGAGAUUACAAGAAUUGGCUGAGGGUUUAAAGAUUCAGAGACAAAAUAAUGAUAUUAAAGGGAAAAAUGUUGUAGUGGAAAAUAGUGAAGUGCUAGAUGUAAGAUUGAAAGGAAACGAAAAGGUCAACGAGGGUUAUGAUCAGAAAGCGCUAGAUGAAUUGUUGGCAGCUUCGAUUGCGGCCGAGGAAGAUGGGAGUUUUACGACAAAUUUGUCGGCAUCUGUUAGUGGUGUUGCUAUUGAUGAAGAGGACGACGAGGAUGAGGAAACGAUACUUCCAACAAUGCAUUGCAAAGUUGAUCCAUCAGUUCUGGCGUCUCUGCCUCCCUCUCUUCAGCUCGAUCUUCUUGUUCAGAUGAGAGAGGGGUUGAUGGCUGAAAAUAGACAGAAAUAUCAAAAAGUAAAGAAGGCCCCUGCAAAGUUUUCUGAGCUGCAAAUACAGUCAUAUCUUAAGACUGUUGCUUUUCGUCGAGAGAUAGAUGAGGUGCAGAAAGCUGCUGCUGGAAGGGGAGUUGGUGGGGUGCAGACAUCACGGAUAGCUUCCGAAGCAAAUAGAGAAUUUAUAUUCUCGUCAUCAUUUACUGGGGACAAAGAAACACUUGCAAGUGCUGGAGUCAAGAGACAUGGAGGUGUGGAAGGUCAGCCAGUAAGGAAGGAUUCAGUUGCUUCAGAUUUAACAAAUCAUGUUUCUGCUGUUACAGAAAAAAGAUCAGCUACAGCUUCUGAACAGAACGUGCUUGGAAGUGAUUUUGAUGAUGGUGUGGAGCGAUACCUUGAUGAAAGGGGGCGCCUCCGGGUAAGUAGGGUAAGAGCCAUGGGCAUCCGUAUGACUCGAGAUCUGCAGCGAAAUUUGGAUCUGAUGAAGGAAAUUGAGCAGGAUAAGAUGAAAGAUCAAAACUCUUCAAACCUAGAGGCCUUUUUUAGUGAGAGAGUUGAUGGAAUUCCCGAUUUUGGUGAAAAUAACCAUCCCCAUGAAACCUCAGAUGAAAUGUGUAGUGCUGAUGGAACUGAUGAUAGUUUGGUUAUUCAAGGGAGGAACCUGAAAAAAGAUGAGCAGUCUAUUCUUGAAAGUGGACCAUCAAUUGAAAUAUCUUUCACUGAAGAUGAAAAUAAGUGUGAAGAUAGAGACUACGAGGAUGUCGAUGAUGAUCUAUUUGCUCAGUUAGUAGAAGGAAAUUCAGUCUUGGUAUCUUCGGCUGAAAAUGCUUCUUCAGUAGAUCCUUCCCAUGCUUCUGUUUUAGACUGCAUCUGGAAGGGAAAUGUUGACGAAGAAAAAGGUGAUAUGUAUGGCAAAGAUUCUAUGGAGGAAACCGGACCAUCUUUAGCCAAGGGAAACAGUGAUGAAAGUGACGUGGAUUGGGAAGAAGGAGAUCUGGAUGUCCCUACUGAUGCUUAUCCAUCUCCAUAUAAACCUGAUACUGUUGUUGUUUCAAGAGGUUCUCUGGAAGAAGAUGCUAAUAUCGAGGAAGCAAUAAGGCGUAGUCUUGAGGACUUCACCCCAAAAAAGUCUACUAUGACAUCAACUGAAAUUAAAAUUUCCAAAAUAUCAGAAGAAACGAUAAAUGAAGGUAUGGGCGGUGGAUUCCCCUUUGUACUUUCUAAUCCUGAAAAAGACAGCAUUGAGCCUCUUGGUUUGCUUAGAGAAAAUGAUCCUCUGCAACGUCAAAUAUCAUUGCAGGAAGAUGGACAUGAGAAUCUAGAUCAGAUAGGUGAAAACAAUGCGUUACAGAUCAAUGACUCUCUACCGAAGCAAUCAGACUUAUGCACAGAUUUUAGCAUUGAGACUGAUAAAUUGGGUGAAAGAGACCUUAUUUCUAGUCUUAAAGUUUCAAGUGAAACACUCAGCGAUAGUAAGAGCAUUUACAGAGAGGCACCACACACAAAUCUGGUUCCAGGAGAACGUGCAACGCCUAAUAUAAUCACUGAUCAUUUCUUGGAUGCUUUUGAAGAUUCCGGGGGGACUGCUGGAUUCAAAGGUGUAGGUGGAACUUCUGAGCUUAGUUCUCAUGUUUCAUCUGCAAUGAUGCAUGAUGCAUGUGAUGCUAUGCUUGUUGGUGAUCACCAAAAAGAGUCUGAAGUUGUUUCAACAUGUCAUUUAGAUGAGACAGCUGCACAUGCCAAUACUAAUGAGGUGAAACCAGUUGCACGCAGUGAUGACCUUGAGCAAAAUGUGGUCGUAGAAAAGUUUCUUGAGCCUUCAGUUGUGAACUCUAUGAUUCAUGACAAUCUCGAGGUUCAUAUGGAGGUAGACGGGGUUAGCUUAGAUGAAGAAAUGCUUAUUUUAAGAGACGAGCGUAUCAAUUUAGGCGAGGAGCAGAGGAAGCUUGAGCGCAAUGCAGCGUCUGUUAGCAGUGAAAUGUUUGCCGAAUGCCAGGAACUGCUGCAAAUGUUUGGUUUACCUUAUAUUAUUGCACCUAUGGAAGCAGAGGCUCAGUGCGCACAUAUGGAAUUAUCUGGUCUUGUGGAUGGUGUUGUCACUGAUGACUCGGAUGUGUUCUUGUUUGGGGCAAGAAGUGUGUACAAAAAUAUAUUCGAUGAUCGCAAAUAUGUUGAAACUUACUUUAUGAAGGACAUUGAGACUGAGCUCGGAUUAACUAGGGAUCAACUGAUCCGGAUGGCAUUGCUUCUUGGGAGUGAUUACACUGAAGGUAUUAGUGGAAUUGGUAUUGUCAAUGCUAUUGAAGUUGCACAUGCAUUUUCUGAGGAAGACGGCCUCCAACAAUUCAGGGAGUGGCUUGAAUCCCCUGACCCUACCAUUCUAGGAAACCUUAAUACUCAAAGUGGAUCUAAUUUGAAGAAAAGAGGGUCUAACAUCAGUAGCAAUGAGGUGGAGGCUGGCAUUGACAGAAGAAAUUCUACGGAUAGCAUCCCCAAACUAAAGCAGAUAUUCAUGGACAAACAUAGAAAUGUGAGCAAAAAUUGGCAUAUACCUGCAUCUUUUCCAAGUGAAACAGUCAUUUCUGCAUAUGUCUCUCCACAGGUGGACAAAUCAACCGAACCCUUUUCGUGGGGAAAGCCAGAUCUUUUUGUUCUUCGCAAAUUGUGUUGGGAAAAGUUAGGAUGGAAUAACCAGAAGGCUGAUGAUUUGUUAGUACCCGUUUUAAAGGAGUACAAUAAGCAUGAGACUCAGCUGCGAUUAGAGGCAUUUUACACAUUCAACGAAAGAUUUGCAAAGAUACGUAGCAAGAGAAUAAAAAAAGCUGUGAAAGGAAUAUCAGGUAACCGAUCUUCUGAGUUGAUAGAGGAACUUCCGCCAGAAGCUGCGGAUGCUAGUUACAGUGUUCCUGGAACUAAGACGAAGACUGCAGAAAAAUCAAACUCAAAGAAAUCGAGAAAAAGAAACGAGAUUGAACCUAUGCCAUCUGUGGUUGAGAAUUUUGAUACACCCAUUCCAAAUGUGAGUAGAGAUAGUACUAAGAAAGAAUCUAGUGGAAAUGCAAGAGGAAGAGGGAGGGGAAGAGGGAAGGGAAGAGGGAGGGGAAGAGGGAGAGGGAAAGGGAGGGGAAAAGAAGUUCAUGUAUCUGAAUCAUCUGAUACCAGCAUCAGUAAUGAGGAUGAUGAAGUGGAAAUGCGAGUUGAAAUAGCAGAAAAAUCUUCAGAAGUGCGAAGAUCAAAACGACCAAGAAAGGGCGUGAGCUACACAGGGAUUGAUGUGGAAGCCGAAGACUCGAGUGAUUCAUCAAACUUAGAGAGGGUAAGGACUGACAAGGAUGGUACAGUCAAUCAAGAAGUAUCUUGUGAUAAGGGUUUGUUUGACAAGGAGGUGGAAAGCUCAUUCAUAGAAGAUGAUGGCGAUUUAUCCAGAGACUGCCUUGGAAUGGGAGGGGGAUUUUGCACAGAAGAAGGUGAUCCUGAAAAUGAAUUGAUAAUGAACCGGGCAAUAGAUUCUGGCCCCGGAAGCAACAUUCCCUCUGUCGAGGAUGCGUCCUCUAAAGACUACCUCAAAAUGGGUGGUGGCUUCUGUAUGGAUGAAGACGAGAAAGGAACUAGUAAAUCGAUCUCUAGCCCAGCUAUAGAUGUUCCAGAUGAAGAUAGAGGUAUGAGAAAAUUGGAUGCUUGUGUGAAUACAAAUAAUGACAAAGAUGACGAAAAAGAGGCAAAUGUAGUGAGUAUACCAUCCAUGGAAGAAGCUGUCGUGACUGAUCAGGAGUCGGCUUCAACAUGUCUAAAAGCUAUGCCUUUCUUGAAAAGGAAGCGGAAAAAGAUUUGAAAUCCUCAAACAAUUUGAGAAAGAAAGGGCUGAAUGAUGCAUCUACUCUUGUACCUACUAAUUAGUUGGUUUGUUUUAUGCUCUUGUGGACAGUUUUUGUUUGAGAAAUUAAAAGAUCUAACUGUGGAUAUUUUAAGUCUUUUCAAACCAAACAAAGGAAUAUACAGAUCCCCGACACAAUAUGCAAGAUGUGUUCGAAAGAAAAUGAAGAUACAAGUCAUAUAUGGUUUCAUUGCGAAUUCGCUAGGAAAGUGUGGAUGUACUUUAUGAAAUCCUUCAAGAUAUCUUGGUGUAUGCAAAGCAAAAUAACUUGCUUCUUAACUUUGAAGUGUGGAGACAAAAUGUAUUAACCGGCAGAAACAAGAAUUAUUGGAAUGGAUUCCUUAUGCAAUCCUCUAGGUUCUCUGGAAAGAGAGGAAUGCAAGAACAUUUGGAGGGAGGAAGAAAGAUAGCGAUGAAAUAAUUUUGGAGGUUAAGGCUCUUCUCAUUCUCCGGGCUUCAUCUUUAGAACUGUUCAAGUUUAUACCUGUAAGCAUCAUUCUCAAAAAUUGGGAAGCUGUUGUAUGUUAGAGUCUGUCAUGUUGUAACUCUGGCAUAUGAUGGUUGUAAGUUUUCAGCU